AUUGACAAAUGAUGUAUGGUCAAGGUCAAGGGAGAGAUUUCCUACAAUGGUUACAAGCUGAAUGAGUUUGUUCCUCAGAAGACUUCAGCCUAUAUAAGCCAAUAUGAUUUGCAUAUUUCCGAGAUGACUGUGAGGGAGACGCUCGACUUCUCUGCACGUUGUCAGGGUGUCGGAGGAAGGGCAGACAUAUUGAAAGAAGUUAGCAGAAGGGAGAAGCAAGCAGGAAUUAAUCCAGAGCCAAGCAUAGACACAUACAUGAAGGCAAUAUCAGUAGGAGGGCUGAAAAGAACGCUCCAAACAGACUACAUAUUAAAGGUUCUUGGACUCGAUAUCUGCGCAGAUACAAUUGUAGGGGAUGCGAUGAACAGAGGAAUUUCCGGUGGCCAAAAGAGAAGGUUGACAACUGGGGAAAUGAUAAUUGGUCCGGCGAGAGUUUUAUUUAUGGACGGGAUAUCAACAGGCUUGGACAGCUCCACUACCUUUCAGAUCAUUUCAUGCUUGCAGCAAUUGGCACACAUAACAGACUCCACUAUCUUGGUGUCGCUUCUUCAGCCAGCACCCGAAACUUAUGAUCUCUUUGAUGACAUUAUUUUAAUGGCAGAGGGACAUACAGUGUACCAUGGACCUCGGACCGAAGUUCUCAAGUUCUUUGAACACUGUGGUUUCAAGUGCCCAACUAGAAAAGGCAUUUCUGACUUUCUCCAAGAAGUAGUUUCGGAAAAAGACCAGGAACAAUACUGGCAUCACAAAGACCGGACUUAUAGUUUCAUAUCUCCAAGCAUGUUUGCGAGGAUGUUUAAAGAGAUUCCGAUGGCAAAGAAAUUAGACGAGGAACUUGCCAGGCCUUUUGAGAAAUCUGAGCUUCACAGAAGUGCCUUAUCUUUCGAAAUUUACUCGUUAAAAAAGUGGGAGUUGUUCAAAGCGUGUCUUUCGAGAGAAUGGCUCCUCAUGAAGCGCAACUGGUUUGUUCAUGCCUUCAAAUCAGCACAGAUUGUGGUAGUUGCUGUCAUAACGGUGACCGUCUUCUGGCGGACACGAAUGAAAGUCGAUUUGGUGCAUGCAGAUCUUUUCAUGGGUUCCCUAUAUUACGCUCUCAUCCGACUCAUGGUUAUUGGCAUUCAGGAGCUGGCAAUGACUGUUUCUAGACUUGGAGUCUUCUACAAGCAACGGGAUUUUUUCUUCUAUCCUGCAUGGGCUUAUACCAUUCCAGCGGCUGUACUGAAAAUCCCAUUCUCUUUACUUGAUGCGUUUCUGUGGACAGCUAUUACCUAUUACGGAGUAGGUUAUAGUCCUGAACCACAAAGGUUCUUUUAUCAAAUCUUCCUGCUCUUCCUAGUGCAUCAAGUAUCGAUAUCAAUGUUCCGAUUGAUAGCUUCUGUAGUUCGAAAUCCACCUGUUGCAGCAAUUUGCAGUCUAUUCUCUUUACUUGUUUUGUUUUUAUUCGGUGGCUUCAUCAUCCCAAAACCUUCUCUACCCGGUUGGUUGGAGUGGGGCUUCUGGUUCUCUCCGUUGUCAUAUGCAGAAAUAGGUGCUUCCCUUAAUGAGUUUCUCGCCCCAAGGUGGCAAAAGGUUUCAUCUCUUAACGGCACUUUGGGGCAGCAAGUGCUCAAAGAGCGUGGACUAGAUUAUGGCGACUACUUUUACUGGAUAUCACUUGGGUCUUUGAUUGGAUUUUGGAUGGUUUUCAACAUUGGGUUCACCUGUGCUCUGAGUUUUUCUGAAGGGAUGGUUUUACCAUUUGAACCCACAACUCUAACAUUUGAAAAUGUCCGGUACUUCGUCCAAACACCCAAGAAACUGAAAGAGCAAGGUUUCCCAGAGAGAAGACUACAGCUUCUUCGAGAUAUUACUGGAGCAUUCAGACCCGGAGUCCUGACGGCUUUGAUGGGCAUUAGUGGAGCGGGGAAAACAACGUUGAUGGAUGUUCUUUCAGGAAGGAAAACUGGCGGUUCUAUCGAAGGAGAUAUAAAGGUUGGAGGGUAUCCUAAAGUUCAAGCCGCGUAUGCCAGAAUAUCUGGCUACUGUGAACAAACCGACAUACAUUCUCCACAAGUCACAAUUGAGGAGUCGGUGGCAUACUCAGCUUGGUUGAGGUUGCCGGCCCACAUUGACAAAAAUACAAGAGCCGAAUUUGUGGCUGCAGUACUCGAAAUGAUUGAGCUAGAUGACAUAAAAGGUACUAUAGUUGGUGUUCCUGGUGUAACCGGUAUAUCGACUGAGCAGCGUAAGCGGCUGACUAUAGCAGUGGAGCUUGUCGCCAACCCGUCGAUCAUAUUCAUGGAUGAACCUACUUCUGGUCUUGAUGCCAGAGCGGCCGCCAUUGUAAUGCGAGUCGUGAAGAAUAUUGUUAGCACAGGGAGGACAAUUGUGUGCACAAUUCACCAGCCAAGCAUUGACAUAUUCGAGGCUUUUGACGAGCUGAUCCUGAUGAAAAGAGGAGGCCAAAUUAUAUACUCUGGAGAGCUUGGCGAGCAUUCGAACAAGCUUAUUAAAUAUUUUGAGAGUAUUCCCGGAGUGCCAAAAAUCAAGGAUAAUUACAAUCCUGCAACGUGGAUGCUGGAGAUCACAAGUCCUUCCCUAGAAUCUCAACUUGGUAUAGACUACGGCAUCAUUUAUAAGGAGUCUGAUCAGUGCAGGUCAAAUCAAGAAUUAGUUAGAGAGCUCAGUUCGCCAGCGGCUGGCACAAAAGAAAUAUGUUUCUCUGCGCCCUUCCCGCAAAAUAGGUGGGAGCAGUUCAAAGCAUGCUUGUGGAAACAACAUUUAACCUACUGGAGAAGCCCCAAGUACAACCUGGUGCGCCUGUUAUUCAUUACAGCGUCUUCCUUGUUGUGUGCUGCUCUCCUUUGGCAGAAAGGAAAGGAUAUAAAUGACGAGCAGGAUCUUCUCAACAUACUUGGAUCAAUGUUUAUCUUUGUGCAAUUCACCGGGAUAGGCAACUGCUCUUCGGUUCUGCCAUUUAUUGCUACCGAACGUAUCGUUGUCUACAGGGAAAGAUUCGCCGGAAUGUACUCAUCGUGGUCCUAUUCAUUUGCUCAGGUGGUUAUCGAAAUUCCAUACCUCUUCGUGCAAGCGGUUCUGUUUGUGCUGAUAACAUUCCCUGCCAUAGGUUUCUACGUCUCAUUCUAUAAAGUGUUUUGGUACUUCUACACCAUGUUUUGUACAUUGCUCUGUUUCAACUACUAUGGAAUGAUGCUGGUUUCACUGACACCCACGUACCAAGUGGCUGCAUUGUUCGCGAGUUUUUCCUACACUUUGUUCAAUCUAUUCUCUGGAUUCCUCAUUCCUGGACCCGAUAUUCCGGUGUGGUGGCGUUGGUGUUACUGGAUAUGCCCGAACGCGUGGUCCUUGAGAGGUCUGCUUAGCUCACAAUAUGGAGACAUCCAUAAAGAGAUCACAGUCUAUGGACAACAGACGACAAUCAGCGCCUUCCUGGAAAGUUAUUUCGGAUAUCAGUACAAUCAACUCUACAUCGUAGCCAUCGUGCUUUUGGCCUUUCCGCUGAUUUUCACGUCCAUAUUCGCUUGUGCCAUUGCUAGAGUGAACUUCCAAAACAGAUGAAAAGGAGUGUAGAGACU